CCAAAGCUUUUCAGAUAUGAUCGGGCUUGUUAUACAGAGCUGCCCUAUGAGCUGAGAGCAAACACCGGGUUUUAAUCGAGGCUGUAUUUAAGUGUUCUACUUUCGAUCUCGCCCUAGUUAGGAGCAUCUUUGGAGAGACAGAGAGCAAGGGAUUUUAUAUGUUUUCAAUUUAACUUCGAAUUUAUUUGCUUACACUAUGACGAUGAAUUCACUCGUGGAGAAGCAUCCUCUGAGAGAGAAACGAAAGGCCAACAAGCCUCUUCUGGAACGAAAAAGACGAGCACGUAUCAACGACUGCCUGGCCGAAUUGAAGAACUUGGUGUUGACGUCGUUAAACAAAGAUAUUUCAAGAUUUAACAAGAUGGAGAAAGCAGAUGUACUCGACAUGACAGUCCAGUAUUUAAAAGCCUGCAAAAUGAGAAAAGCCAACGAGGAUAGCGCCGUAAGCUUUCGAGCAGGCUUCAACGAAUGUGCAAGCGAAAUUAUCCAUUACAUCAUGACGUUGGAUGAUGUAGACAGGGUGACGAAGGCAAAAUUGCUAUCAUACCUCGCGACAAGUUGCAAACUGGCGGAGAGCACGCAAAACCAGACUUUCUUCAGCGGCCAGUCGAGAUCAAGCCAGUCAAUUACAGCAACGAGCCCUCUCUCGCCAUGUCAGUCCCCAAACCAAAUCAUACCAAGCCCAACCUCGUCUGGCUCGCGAGAAGCAAACAGCCCGUCCGCAUUUAGUCCGUUAUUUUCGCUAAUACCUCGUAGCCCAAACGAAAAAACUACGUUUGUACUAAAGCCAGUGCCAGUACAGACGCCACACUCUGGACACCAUACACAAAUUGCUCCAAAAAUGUCUUCGAAUCCACGUGACCUGACAGUCGCUGUGCCGUCGAGUUUCACAGUAAAACCUAAAGUUUGGCGGCCGUGGUAGGCCAGUGGCUGAACAGGACCUGUUUUGUUCUGUUGUGUAAAAUUGGAUUGCUUCUUUGUAAUAUUGUAAAUAGUAAAUUAUUUUGUCACCUUAAUGUAGAUUCAAGGAUGUGAAUAUUAUAAAUAUAUAUUUUUUGAGUGUAUAGAAAUAGCUUCGAAGGUAAUACUCGAUUGCUCCGUUUUGUAUUUUUGUAAUGGAUGCGGACUAGACUGGAAA